CACCACUUCCGGAUCCCAGUUGAACACACAUACACACGCCGGCAGCGCGGGGCCAGAGCGUGGAAACAACCCCUGUCUGUAAAAUAAGAAAAAGAAAGAAAGGAGUAAAGGGGGAAAAACAAAACAAAACCCAGCCGGAAUCCCAAGCGCUAGGGCGCCCUUGUCUUGCUUUCUGCCUGAGGCGCGCCCGCCCCGCAUGCGGAGGCGUUCGAGCGGCGGCCGGAAGUGCGGGCGCCUGCCGGCGGCGCGCUGCGCUUCCCGCUCUGCCCCUAUGGCCUCUGCUGCUGCUGUGGACAAGAUGGCGGCGGCGGGCCCAGGCUUCGGCUCAGGCCCGGCGGCGGCGGCGGCAGCAACGGGGGGCCUGCUGGAGAGCCGCGCCUUGGCCUACACCCUGCACCGCUGGAGCAGCUUCUCCUCCACGUACCUGCCCGAGAAUAUUUUAGUGGACAAGCCCAAUGAUCAGUCUUCGCGAUGGUCUUCCGAAAGCAACUACCCUCCCCAGUAUCUGAUCUUGAAACUUGAAAGACCAGCAAUAGUCCAAAGUAUCACGUUUGGAAAAUAUGAGAAGACUCACGUCUGUAAUUUAAAAAAGUUUAAAGUUUUUGGUGGAAUGAAUGAAGAAAACAUGACAGAUCUAUUAUCUAGUGGCUUAAAGAAUGACUAUAACAAAGAAACAUUCACCUUGAAGCAUAAAAUUGAUGAGCAGAUGUUCCCUUGUCGAUUUAUUAAGAUAGUUCCACUGCUGUCAUGGGGUCCCAGCUUCAAUUUUAGCAUCUGGUAUGUUGAACUCAAUGGCAUUGAUGAUCCGGAAGUUGUCCAGCCCUGCCUCAAUUGGUACAGCAAGUACCGUGAACAGGAAGCCAUUCGCCUCUGCCUGAAGCACUUUCGCCAGCACAACUACACAGAAGCGUUUGAAUCCCUGCAGAAGAAAACCAAGAUUGCCUUGGAACACCCCAUGCUGACAGACCUUCAUGACAAACUUGUUCUGAAGGGUGACUUCAAUGCUUGUGAAGAGUUGAUCGAAAAAGCUGUGAAUGAUGGUUUGUUCAACCAGUACAUCAGUCAGCAGGAAUACAAACCACGAUGGGGUCAGAUAAUCCCUAAGAGCACCAAAGGUGAUGGUGAGGACAGUCGGCCAGGAAUGAGAGGUGGUCACCAAAUGGUUAUUGACGUUCAGACAGAAACCGUUUACUUGUUUGGUGGCUGGGACGGGACUCAGGACCUGGCUGACUUCUGGGCGUACAGCGUGAAGGAGAACCAGUGGAUGUGUAUCUCGAGAGAUACUGGAAAAGAGAAUGGCCCCAGUGCCAGGUCUUGUCACAAGAUGUGUAUUGACAUCCAGAGAAGACAGAUCUACACGCUGGGCCGUUACCUGGAUUCCUCUGUGAGGAACAGCAAGUCUCUGAAAAGUGACUUCUAUCGCUACGACAUUGACACCAACACGUGGAUGUUGCUAAGUGAGGAUACUGCAGCUGACGGAGGCCCCAAGCUGGUCUUUGAUCAUCAGAUGUGCAUGGAUUCGGAGAAACACAUGAUCUACACCUUUGGAGGAAGGAUUUUGACAUGCAAUGGCAGCGUGGACGACAGUCGAGCCAGCGAGCCACAGUUCAGUGGCCUCUUUGCUUUUGACUGUCGAUGCCGGACGUGGAAGCUCUUGCGCGAGGAUUCUUGUAAUGCUGGCCCUGAGGACAUCCAGUCCAGAAUAGGGCACUGCAUGUUGUUCCAUUCAAAAAACCGUUGCCUGUAUGUGUUCGGUGGGCAGAGGUCGAAAACCUACUUGAAUGACUUCUUCAGUUAUGACGUAGACAGUGAUCAUGUUGAUAUCAUAUCGGACGGCACGAAGAAGGAUUCAGGAAUGGUCCCAAUGACUGGCUUCACACAGAGAGCUACCAUAGAUCCAGAACUGAACGAAAUCCACGUGUUGUCUGGACUUAGUAAAGACAAGGAGAAAAGGGAAGAGAAUGUUCGGAAUUCCUUCUGGAUUUAUGACAUUGUACGGAACAGCUGGUCUUGCGUCUACAAGAAUGACCAAGCGGCCAAAGAGAACCCAAGCAAAAGCCUUCAAGAGGAGGAGCCCUGCCCACGUUUUGCACACCAACUUGUCUAUGAUGAGUUGCACAAGGUUCAUUAUUUGUUUGGAGGGAAUCCAGGCAAAUCCUGUUCUCCAAAGAUGCGGUUGGAUGACUUCUGGUCCCUGAAGCUCUGCCGGCCUUCCAAGGAAUACCUGCUACGCCACUGCAAAUACCUAAUCAGGAAGCACAGGUUUGAAGAGAAGGCCCAGACGGACCCGCUAAGUGCCCUGAAAUACCUGCAGAACGACUUGUUUGUCACUGUAGAUCACUCGGACCCAGAGGAGACAAAAGAGUUCCAGCUCCUUGCUUCAGCCCUCUUCAAGUCUGGCUCAGAUCUGAGCACUCUGGGGUUUUCUGAUGUUGAUCACAUCUACGCCCAACGAACUCAGCUCUUUGAUACCUUAGUGAACUUCUUCCCUGACAACAUGACGCCUCCCAAAGGCAACCUGGUCGACCUCAUCACGCUGUGACAGAGCCGUUGCUGGACAGGGGGAAGGACACUUUUUUUUUCUGUUUUCAGUAUUUUUUUUUAAAUUUUUUUGUGCAUUGAUUGGCUGGUGGACUAGAGUAACCCGGAUUUGAAAGGGGGCUUAAUGGAUAAAUACCAAAUGGGAUUAGGCUAAUAAAUGUAAUUGACAUACAGCUAACAGAAAAUAAUUAUAUAUUUUUCAGCCUUGACUUUUUAAAGGUUAAUGAAUAUUGAGAAAAAGAAAACAAUUAAGUGGUCAUCCAAGUUAAUCAUUCUCAGGCCCCUGGGGUGCAAACCGAAGACUUGGAGAAUAUAGGGAGGUAGAGUAAGGGCUUGGGCCUUAUUUUUGGGGCUUUGUUGUAAUUUUGUCCCAACACUUUCUUUUCCAAUAUUAGCUUUACCCUCAGUGUUGGUUUUUCGGCUGCAGCAAGAUGCUGGUAUACAUGAGGGGUGUGCGUGUGUGUGCCUGUCUGUCUGUGUGUGUUCGUCUCUCUCUAUGUUGACUUAAUUCUCGUAACUGCAGUGUGACCAUUUGAAAGAAAGUAGGCUCGUGGCCGUCUCAACUCUGAGAAGCUAGCGCCCUCUGGUGCACAACUUGCGUUUUGCUGAGAAGCAGGAAUAGAAAUGUACUUGAGGAGGGGGCUACACUUGAAAUACAAGCAUGUGCAACAAAUCCCAUGCCUGUUUCUUGUAGGAAGAAGUUGCUGGUGGUGGUGGCGGCGGCGGCAUAAUUUGGAGGGAGGAACGUGUGUGUGCAUGCAUACUUAACCCUUCCUCUACCCACUGCGUUUAUUCUGAAAAUCCUGCCCUUUCCCGAAUAUCGCUUUCCCCCUUGUGGGGUUCUGGGUUCAUGAUUGUUGCAAUAAACGGGUCGGGAGCCCUGGCAGGUGACAGGCAGCUUUGUGGAAAACAGAAAACCGGUAGGCAGAGGAAGGGUUAAGGACACGCAUGCAUGGCUAUCUCUCUCCAAAUGGCUCCCUCCCCAGAGUUGCUUUCCUUUACGAGAAAUAUCGGCUGUGGUCUUGUAGCAUCCAUUUACAUGUAACGGGCGGCCCCGCUCCUGGUUGGUGCUGCCCCAGAUGCCUGCCCUCUCCUCUUCGGAGCUGUCUCUGUUCUGAGUUGACCUUGACGCUAUUCAGAGCCACAGCAGCGGUGGUGCCUGCUUUUACCUGCCCUUUCAACUGAGGUGGCCCCACAUUUAUAUCCAUUCUCUCUUUCUCUCUCAUAUAAAGGUUUAUGGAGGAAUGGGGGGGGGCUUCCCCUCUGGACACCCCCCGCCCCUGCUGCUGCUGCUUGGCAGCUCCGCUGAAGUUGGCCCGCAGGGGCGUUGGUGAGGGGAAGCAGUUGUGACAAGCUGUGGGCUGAAGCCAGCAGCUUGCUGCUUGGGUGUGCAGUGUGUAUUGACUCUGGUUGGCUGCUUUUAAAAGACCCCUGCACCCCCUUCACCACGGGCUACUUGCACGAGGGAGCCUUCCACUCCUGGGUAGCACCAGAGCAUUUAACCGGGAGGUGUCCCUGCUGACGAGGUGAGUGUGCAUGGCAGAGGAGAAACACACACCCCGCCCCCCCGCCGCCAUUGAACCUCUUGGUCCAAGCAGGCGGUGCAGAUGUCCUAGUUCCGUCUUAGCCUGUCGUCCUAGUGCUGUGUGGACAGAGGGGGGCCAUGUAGGCAUCAGGUGUGCGUUCCGACUUGUUUAAACAGCCAUCCAGGUGUGCCUUUGAAACGAACCUUCACCUGGCUGUGUGUGUCCUGAAAGCAGGCGGUUCUUCCUCCCCCUCUCCCCCCGGCGCCCCCUGAGGUUGUGUGGUUUGGGAGUGGUGGUGGUUUUGCUUCCUUGCUGCUACAGACCUGGCCGCCGAGGUGUCGUCUUGUGUCUGGCUUGAGGGGGCUUGCCCGGAGCAGUCACCUCAUGGCGCUGCAGCUCAGGGGCAGAGCUUCUCCCACUGGGAUGGGGCCGUAGUGCCGGAGGUCCCCGGUUUAAUCCCAGGCGGCAUCUCCAGGCAGGCCAGACCCCCGAAGACCCCCGUAGAGAGGCACUCUCGGCCAGUGCAGCCAGGACUGAGGCAGGUGGGCCACGGGGCCGGCUUGGUCAAAGGCAGCUUCCUAGGUUCCCAGACACACUGGGAUGAUAACUGAUUAGUAGAGAGAUGCUUUCAGGACAAAGGGUGUGAUGGCUUGGAGGCAUAUCUGCCCGCACCUGCCCAGCUGCAGUUCCUGUGGGGCAAGGCCCCAGAAGGGUGUGGAGGGAGCUGAGAAGAGAACACCCUCAGUGCAGGUUGAGCCAGACGAGGUGGCCUGUGGUUGCCUGGCCAGUGCUGUCCACAGGGACCCACCAGUUUGGGCUUAGCUCACUCGCCAGCCCCAUAACUUGCGGCCCCACCACCAAUCUCCUCUCUUCCCUCCUAUUCUUUCCGGCACACAGGCAGAGGGCUUAGGAGACAAGCAGGUCUUGGGCCAUUUGCACGGGGACUUGAAGAUGGGAAGGGACAGCAGGGCCCUCUCCUGCUGCUCCAAAGGGAUCCCUGCUGGGGCUUGCCUUCUUGAGAAUGGCAGUGGAGAUGAGACCUCCUCGGGGGAGCAGAGCUGUGUGGUGCUGGGUGUCCUGCCCCACUAGCAGGGCUGAGGGCACUCCCCACUGCAAGCUGGCCAGUGGAUCUGUAGAUGCCUGGGUGUCCACACUAAGCCCUUGUGGUAGAGCUGGUCUUGUGGUAGCAAGCAUGACUUGUCCCCUUAGCUAAGCAGGGCCCACCCUGGUUGCAUUUGAAUGGGAGACUAGAAGUGUGAGCACUGCAAGAUAUUCCCCUUAAGGGAUAGAGCUACUCUGGGAAGAGCAGAAGGUUCCAAGUUUCCUCCCCGGCAGCAUCUCCCAAGAUAGGGCUGAGAGAGAUUCCUGCCUGCAGCCUUGGAGAAGCCGCUGCCAGUCUGUGAAGACAAUACUGAGCUAGAUAGACCAAUGGUCUGACUCAGUAUAGGGCAGCUUCCUGUGUUCCCUUUUCAUAGGGAUCUUGUCAGCAGAACUGGUGAUGGUGAGGUACUUCAAGGAGUUGGUCUGUAGGGAUUUCUGGGUGUGUGAUCCAGCCAGCAUUCCCUGAGCCUUCGUAACUUUCCUACUCAUGGAAAACUGAAUUCCGUCACCACCACCACCACCGCCCACUUUGCCCUCAAACGUGGCCAUUUCAUUGCUGUUUGUUUUCUCUCUCCUUUAGUUUGCAGUUGUUCCAUGAUCCUUUUUUUUUUUUAAAGCUCCUAGGGAGGUCAGAGCACCUUUCCCCCCCUCAGAUAAUCAUGCUAGGAUUCUAAAGUGUGGAAAAUAAGAGAGCAUCAUAAUUUCUUUCUUACUUAGUUUUAUAAAUUAAGCAGUUGAACAUUAUAACGUAUAACGCCCAUGGAAAUGGAUAAAGUGUGUGUGUGCGUGUGCCUGCGUGCACGUGUACACACACACAAACACGUAUACAUUCUCUCAUAGCUUCAGUCAUAUUAUUAGAGGGCAAAUUUUGGGGUACAGUGUAAUUUGCUGAAGUGCCCCAGUGGUGGAAGAAGGUGGGGUUGGUUGCAAAACCAGAUAAAUAUGUUGAGAAUUUGGAUUCAAUGGAGAUUGACAUUUGGUGGCACAAUAACUGAGGACUGUGGUGAGAGGUGAUUGACAAGGCGCAGAGAAAUUGUGUGGCUAAGUGCCAAACUUUAAAGAACUGAAUUGCUUCUUGUUUUAUGUGAUGCCAGGAUAUUUUUAAUUUUAAAUUAACUUUGCAGUUGUCGAGUGAGUGUGUGUGUGUGUGUGUGUGUGUGGUUUUCUUAGAACUGUUUUCAGCAAGUGGAGAAUAUGUAUCACGCGGGUAGAGUGGGGAAAUAGGCCCUUUUAAUUGAACCUGAAAGACUUGCCCAAUUGCUCCUUUGAUGAUGCUUAAAGAAUUGUGUUCUAGUUGAGAUGAGGGUGGUUUUUGUGUUUUGCACCCCUGUGGUGAUGGCCACAGAGCCAGUUGGCAUCUGUUUGCAUUGCAUGAAUCCAUGUUUUUAUUCUUUGCAUGUCUUGUUUCCAAACCAGUUCACCUUUUUUACUCCCUGUAUAUUUGAUCCUGUGGAAUGGGAGGUAUUAGCUGAUUUAGGAAUUUGCCUGAUGUUUGCUCCCCAAUACAGUUCAAAUGCACAUACACUUCGGAUUUAUGAUGGUAGUACACACCUCCUGUUAACACAUGCUCAGCUCCAUGAAACCUUUGGUGCCUCAGUGUCAAAGCCCUUCUGGGUUGGCAUCUUAAUGGGGACUCCUUUGAGCAUUAAGCCUAACCUCCUGCAACCAGCCUAUGUCCUGCCUAAAAAAACAAAGGUGUUCCCUCCCUCCCCCUGUCUCCCGAAUCAAGACACAGUUGGAGGUAUGGAGUUGCCAUGAAGGCAUUCGACAGCAGUUUGAGUCUCAGAAAUUAAGCCGUCUUCAAGUGCUCCAGUCAAAUGCCUGUGGUAAAAAAAGCCCAUCUUAAAUGCUUCACUCAUGCAUCCACAGGGGUCUGGGUUGGAUCCAGGAUAGUCUCUUACUUGCCGGGUGGGAGGGAGAGGAGGCUGGUGCUUAUGCUGCCUCUAGCCUUGUCAAGGCUGCUGUGGCUAGGGAUGAUGGAAGUUGUAGUCCCAGCACCAUCUGGGGACCCAGGUAUGAGAGCCCCUGUCUUAGAUGAUUACCCAGCCACCAAGAAUCCAUCCCGAAAGCCUUAUGUAGCUUGGAGGUUCUCUGUUGGGAUGAAGGCGGAAAUACUGAGGCAAAGGAGCCUUGGGUUCAGACUUGAGCUACACUCUUGUCUUUGGGCUGAUGCUUGUAUGUUACCAGCGUUACCCUGACAUUGGCUGAACACCUGUGAUGUCACCAUGUUCACUGUUCUAAAUGUUGUGGGGAAGGAGUCAGGCAUUGUCGACAAUGAGCGCAACUGUUGGGAGAUCUAGUGGGGAAACUGUUGGGAGGUCUAGGGACACGACACACAUUGGCUUGCAGAGGACAGGAAAUGAAGGAGGGAUACCAGGAAGUGGAGUGGAGGGAAACCUAACAAAGGGCAUGCGGACACAAAGAACAUUUUAACAAAAACCAGGAAGAUGCUGAAAUCUCAUUCGAGCACCUCAUUUUGAUUUUUCCAUAAGGUUCAGCUGAAAGAUUGAUGAGGACUACAGAACUGGCAAUAUUUUGGCUGCCCAUUAAAAAAUCUUGCACUUUCUGAUGUGCACCUUGUUGAAGGAGGGGCUUGGACUGCCCCCCCCCCGCUCUUUAGUAAGGGAGGAUAAUAUUUUCCUUUGGCAUCUGAUGAUAAGCUUUAGAAGAAGCCAAGAUUAGUUUAAAGAUGAAAGCCUAGCUGUGUGCUGCAUUGGUAACUUCGAUCCGGACUGAACUGGACCAUUUGUUGAUAAAUUGGUUGUACUUUCUGGUAAUAGCCAUUGGCUGUCUCACAAAAUAUUUAGACAUUUGGGGUUUUGCCCACUAGAUCUGGUGAGAUUGGGAUCUCUUGUUGAUGCAUUGUUCUGCCCUUUCUAAAAUGUCACAGGUUCUGGCUCAUUCUGGCAUAGCUGCUGCUGCUUCUUCUUCAGUGAACCCAUCCUUUAUUGAUAUUGAUGCUAAUAUAUUGGAGUGCCUAGAUUGGGAAAUGUUGCCUUUUGUUUUGUUCAAGGGAAUUGACCACACGAGACACGGGCUGUAUCUGUACCACAUUCUUAAACUGGUUUAAUAGUCCUUCCUUCUCCCGGGGAAAUUUGGAAGAUGAAACCUGGGGUCAAAAAUGCCAUUCCACUGCAGCCCCCUUUCCCUUAAACCCUUCCUCGCAGCUUGAGGAUGGGCUUUUCAUGAGGGCUGCUUCUUGAAGGGGAAGCCCCCAUGGAGGAGCAAAGCAAUGACUUAGGCCAGCAUGUGGACCGGCAUUUCUGUUUGUCAUGUAGAUAUACCUUCUGGGCUGCUGGAUGAGGACAUCCCUUGUACUCCAGUAGGCAGGACUAUGGAAAUUAUCAAGCAUUUUAAGAACCUGGGAGAGAGAACCCCACCCAGUUCUUCUAGCCCUGCAUCCGAGGAGAUAGGAGAGCUGGUCUUGUGGUAGCAAGCAUGACAUGACCCCUUAGCUAAGCAAGGUCCGCCCUGGUUGCAUACGAAAGGGAGGCUAGAAGUGUGAGCACUGCAAGAGAUUCCCCUCAGGGGAUGGAGCCACUCUGGGAAGAGCAUCUAGGUUCCACAUUCCCUCCCUGGCAGCAUCUCCAAGAGAGGGCUGAGAGAGAUUCCUGCCUGCAGCCUUGGAGAAGCCGCUGCCAGUCUGUGAAGACAAUGCUGAGCUAGAAAGACUAGUGCUCUGACUCAGUAUAUGGCAGCUUCCCCUGCUGGGAGUCGGACAAGAUACUUGAUCUGCCAGCAGUACCGGUGAGAUCUGGGCCUUCUCUGACUCCCUCCCUCCUGUCCUUCCCAACCAAUCCACCCUGCCAAAUGCCCCUAUACCUCCUCUCUCCUUGGAGGUCCCACCAGCCUGGCAAGCUUGGCUCCAGGGGAUAAUAGGUAAGUUGCUCCACCAGCGCAAACAAUCUAAGAGAUCUAGAAAGGGCCGGGCCCAGGGCCACCACCACCGCCUCCUCCUCUUAAGCAUAGGAAGUCCUAAAGAAAUAUAAAGAUGAAAAGGUCCAGGAAACGGAGUAAAGCCAGGGGGCUUCAAGGCCUCUCAUCCAAUUCCUCAGCCGUUUUAGGGUAUGACUCUGCAGACCCCCACCCCAGGGGGCGAGAACUGAGUGGGGUGCUCCUUCUCCGUCUCAUCAUUUACAUAGUCCUGCCUACUGGAUCUUGUGGGAAGGAUAACCCAUAUGUCCUCAAAUCCAGCAGCAAGAAGCCUACACGGUGAGUAACCAGUGCUCCUUUUUGGAGAACGCAUCGGCUCUCUGUGCCCUUUUUGGUACCCAAUAGCUGAUUUACUUGGUCAUCUUGAUCCCUUGCCACCAGGGGUUUAAGGACAGGGGGUGCUGCAGGAAGAUGUGCCCCCAAACCUGGGGUGCAGUGUCUGGGCCUUUUGAGAAGGAGUCCUGCCCUACACACAGCUCCACCUUGCUACUGAACCUGAGCUUGAGCCCACCAGGGGUGGGCAAGGGCCGUCUCUGGUGUGUGUAAAGCAGAGGAAGAUGACGAGAACUGGGGGAAUUGUUUUGGAUCAGAGGCGUGGUUGGCCCAAGACUUUUUGGCACUACAGACAAAAAAACAACCAGCCCCUUCUCUGCAAAUGUUAAGUAGAAAUGAGUAGAAAUCCCACCACCCGAGGACAGGGAUAAUCAGACUUGGGCCUAGUGUUCCCUGUAACAGGGAUUUCCAGAUGUCGUUGACUACAGCUCCCAGAAUCCCCAGCUGCAAUGGCUUUUGGUCAAGGAUUUUGAGAAUUGUAGUCAAAAACAUCUGGGAACCCCUGUUAUAGGGAACACUGCUUGGGCUCCCAGAUAUUGCUGGACUACAACUCCCAUCCAUGGCUGUUGUGUCAGGGGGUGAUGGGAGUUGUAGUUCAACGCAUGGGGACCCAAGUUUGAGAACCCCUGCCCUGGAGAUUGGGGUUGCUCCUGUGCUAACCUCCAUUGAAAAGUGCAGCUCCUCUUGAUCUUAGCAGAGCUUGUGCAGGAGAAUGCCCAGUAUAUUAUGUGCCCCCGUGAGUGGAGACCUGUCCGUCGUCUCCUCUGUUGCCCGUAAUUGUCCUCAGAAUCUACCUCCUGAGGCAGGCUGCCUCGUGAUUUGGAUCACUGCCGGGUCAGAGGUGAGGGUGACCCCCGUGGCCAGACCUUUGGACUGCUCUUGUGAGACCUGGACUGCAGUUGAUUGCGGAUGUUUUGCGUGACUGACUUGAAACCUUCCACAGAGGGAGUGAAGUUCAUCCUACCAUCACGUUUUCAAGAGUGGGUGGAAUUCUGUAGCUGAGACACACGUGUGCACAUAGAUCCCCAUCUCUUGAGGACAGUUUUCGCAUAGCCUCCCACGCUGUGCUUAGGCUGUUGCUGUUUUCCAAUGUUUCCUUUUGUGACCCGUGAUAUUAAUUUCACCUUGUGUUCUCCCUCUCGGCCUCUUGUCUUGGCAAAGGUAAAUGGUGAUUUGUGAGCCUGGCUUGAAGUGUGCGAGGAUGUCUUUCUUUGGAGUGAUAUGAGAGCAAUUACCAAUGUAGAAUUAUGCUGUAUGUAAUGUAUAUACGGAGAGAGAAUGUAUUUUGUUCAUUUUUUUCUUAAUAAAAACAAAUCUAUAUCAA